CAACAACAACUAUCCGUUUGCAUUUCUUUUGCUUUACUGUUAGAGUCUCGUUGUAUAUUUAAUCUAAAAUAUUAACAUUCAUUUUUCGUUGACAUUCUUGCCAAUAACAUUUUCAAUCGUUUCGAGUAGUUAGCCGAUCACGUUGAUAAGUUGUUGCGAGCACGUAACAAAUAGUACUAGCAAAACUAUCUGUGUGCCAGCUCUAGCUAACCGCAAACCAAUAGCGUUUGCAUACUUAAUGUUAAUGGCAGACAACUGGAACACGGAUACCGGCGAAGCUGUGUAUCGGUCCCGGGAUGUUGUUAAAAACUUAAGAAUAAAGGUGCGAAUAGAGAGGGUGACCUCCACAGCAGCCCUCUCUCAGCAUCUCCAGCAGGAAGUUCUGUCUCAACAAGACAGAGGAGCCAUUGAACUGGAAACCCUCACCUCACAAGGCCAGACAGGUCAUAAUGAGGAGGAACUGGUGGUGGGCUGGCAGGAGAAAUUCUUCAAUCAGUAUGAGAUGGACGUGUUCCAGGAUGAGGCAGCAUGUCAGACCCCUCUGGAACGGCAGUACCACACAGAAGUCAAAGCCCUGAACAGGGCCAAGGGCAGACGAAAUCACAGGAUUUUCACAUACACUGAUCAUGACCACUACACCAACUGUCUUCCAUUCCACCAACUGCAGCACUCCAGUGACUUAUUGACCACAACCAAAUCCAGCCCCACCUUCCUGGCUGAAAGGAUGACCAGUGUAAGACACAGACGGCAGGACAGACGCACCAUGGAUUGUAGUAUCCCUAAGUCAAAAAUCAUCAACUGGGAGCCCACAGAGGAGUUUGUGAAGAGCAGUCAUGUGGUGAAUAAUGCUAUGCAGACCAUGCACAUCAUGGCAGACCUGAGUCCCCCUGGAAGACUGGGCCAAAAAGAGAAUGAAUGUUUGCUGGUGACCAUAAAAUCAGAUGGCAGUGGAACAGUCAUUGUAAAACCUGACUUCAACAAAGGCAAAGAGCCCUACAGGAUUGUAACAGAGGGGGAAAAGAAAGAAGUUUGGCGUCUUACUGUGGAGAAUGUAUCCACAACCAUGAAAUCAGAGGAAAAGGACAGGGAGCAAAACAUGUACAAAGAUCUGUAUGCAAGGCACAAGGAGUACCUCAAUAGCCUCGUUGGACAGGACUUUGAAAUGAUGUCUCUCCUGCAGCCUCCUGUAGGUAUUCUGCGUUACCUGAUGAACGGGGAGAUAGUCUCAGCCAAAGGCUUUGAAUAUGACAACUUAUACAUCCACUUCUUCAUGGAACUGCCCAACAAUUGGUCCAGCUUGCCAUUCCAGUCUCUCUCAGGGGUUACCCAGACGUGCCGGACCAAAACAUUAGGGAAGGAAAACGUAGCUUUCUUCAGUUACCCCUUCGGCUUUGAGGCUUUCUACAUGAGUGAAAAAGAAACUGAGGAAUCAAUUCCGCAGUGGCCAGUUCUCUACUUCAAGGUUCUUUCUCUGGACUCUUGGCAGCGCUAUCGAACGGAAGGCUAUGGUUAUCUGCUUUUUCCUGCCAUACCUGGUAAACAUAUAAUAACAUGCCAUACGUGGAGACCUCUUCAGACAGGAACAGUUUCUGCACUGAGACGUUUCUUUAUUGGAGGUUCUCCGGAGCUUGAAGACAACAGCUACAUCCGUAUUCCAGGGACCUUCAAGGGAGAGAGGCUGAGUCGCUUUGGCUUUUGCACUGAAACCACAGGAAGUGUCACCUUUAAUCUGAACUGCGUCCAGCAAUCCAGGUCCUUUGUUGAUGCCACCAUGUUGAAGAAGAGGAGGCAGAAAGUUUUUGACCAGCUCGGAGGAUUUAGUCAGCAAGGGGCUGUUUGCACCAUCCUGGAGGCCUUUCAGAGAGCCAGGAGAAAGAUGCAAGAGGCCAGAGAAAGUCUUCCCAGAGACCUGAUCAGCACCACCUCCCAACUCCAAAUCGAAUCCUCUGCAUAAGCGUGAAAAACAUUGUAGGACUGCCAUUUAAUCUAUAUUCAAUAUAUUUAAGUGCUCAAAUGGUGUAGACGUACUAAUUUUAGGUUUAGAAUUGAUGAGAUAUUAGUAGGAAGUGUUUCACGUUUUCAGUGUUUUGCCAAUAACAUAGGACGAUGAUGUACUGUAAUGAAUCAGAGAAAUGCAAAUAGUGUCUGAUUGCUAUUUGUUCUUUGUAAAGACGGCUAACAUGCUGGGAGGGGUUAUAGUUGGGUUACAGCAUGGAUUUCCAUGGUAUUUUUGUAGUAAAAGAGCAAAGCCAAUAUGCCUAUUAAGUAAUGGUAUCAUCAAGCACAGUAUUCUCUGUACAGUCUCUGUCUCAGAUUAUUAAAUAGUCUCACAUUCAGAGUUACAGACAGUGAAUCUUGUGAAAUCUUAAGUCUGAAGAACAGACAAACUUUUUUUUUAUUUGAGCUGUAUAUUUUCCAUAGUUUGUUUUAAACAUGCAAGUAUCACAUUUGUUGUAAUAUAAACUGUUUAUAUGA